AGUGCUCUACAUAUAGUGAAGUAAGUGACUAAGUAAAGACAGAGCAGCUGGAGUGUGCAGGAGCAGGAAAACUUGCUGAUAGAGGAUUCUGAUGUUUUCAGAUAUAUGCGCUGCAACCCAACAAAUCUUAAGAAAAAACAUGCAUAAGAACUCCAUCAUGCAUGUGUUUUGGAUCUGCCUGGUGCUGUGUACGGGUCCAUCGUUGUGUAUAAAUGACAUCGAGUAUGAAAGAAUCUAUGAAGACAGCUAUGACAAUGAGAUCCCCCUGGAGCAGCAGGAGGGUGAGUCUCCAACCGCAGCAUGCCAAACAGAUUUCUCCCGCUGGGAUAAACUUUUUAUCGCUCUAGAGGACUCCAACAUGAGACAAAACAUGCUGCUGGAAUCUGUGGAGCAGUGCUGCGGGGGAACGGCGUCUCUUAAGACCCAACUGGAGAAGCUGACGAAGGGGAUGUGUCAGCAGUGUGCACCCAGCUUGGAAGCAGCUUGCAGGGUACAUGCAGAGCAGGCAAGUCUUAGGCUGCAAAAGAGUUUGGUGGAUCUCAGGGAUGAGGAGGAAGAGAGGGAAAGAAGAUUAAAUGCAACCUUGCGGAUGCUCCUACAUGGUAGGCACCAGGACGAUGCUUGGCUGAAGAGGCUAGAAGAAAUCAUUUCAUCUGCAUCUGCUGACAGCAGCAUGAGAGACCAGCCAACACCAACACCUGACGGUUUGGGAAUGAAGCUCUUCACAUCUGGCCUGAAGGAGCAGGAAGUGACCUCGCCGGUGAACAUAGUCACCGUGGAAAGUGCUCUGGCUGCCAUAGCAACAGAGCUUCAGAGGAUUCAUAAGCAGCUGAACAAAGUGAUAGAGCAGGUAGGCAUGCUGGGAAAGGGCAGAGGAGACACAUGAAUUGCCCAAAGGAAAAAUAAAUAGUAAAAGCUUGACUGGAAAACUCCUAUUGCAGAUGAUGAUUUUGCACAUGUUGUUUGUAUUUCUACUGCUCUGCCUUUUUAUAAAGCCUCUGUUACACAUGAGAUCGUUUUUGUCUGGUGACAAUGAGUUUCAAUGUACCAUAAAUGUCAUGGGUUUGCUAUAAUGAAUAAAAAUUAACUAAACAACUGA